CUACAGCGUUCAGUGUAGUUAUUUAUGCGUCUGUGUAAAUUGUGUGUUUGAAUUAUGCAGUUUAUUUCCCAUUAAUGUCUUGGGUUACUUUUAUACACAAAGAGCUUUUUGUUAGACUAAACUGACGUUGGUUAAACUCAAUCUCCGACCUCGGUUUAUCUCAAGCGCUGUUCAACACGACUAAGACAGCUGGGUUUGGCGGCUAAAGUUAAGCUAAGCGAAACUAAGCUAAGCUAAGCUAAACUUAGCUAGCUAGCUAACUGAAAAUAGAAUAAAAGUUACCCAUAAUGCUUUGCGCCUAGCUGUAUUUUAUAGCUGCUAUACGGUUGAAGUCGUCCUUCAGCUCAAACUAAACUCAAACCGGGCUUUGUUUAAACAUGAAUUUAAAUUGUGACCCACUGUAGAGCUGCUUCUUCUUCUGCUACUACUACUUCCUGAGGAACCAGUGUGAACAUCAUCAUCAUCAUCAUGGUUUCGUAAUUAUGCAUAACUGUGAUCUUGUUUUCACGAGGAUGUCUUCAGAAAAUCUCUGACAAUCAAAUGGAUGCAUUUUUGGGAACUCUUCAGGCUCAUGAUGUCAGCUCCGUCCUGACGUCCUGUGAGCCUGAGCUCCAGGAGCUCAUGAGGCAGAUCGACAUCAUGGUGAAUCACAAACGCAGCGAGUGGGAGGCAGACGUACGAGCCUUGGAGCUGCGACUGCAUAAUGGUCAGGAAGAGCUCCAGUCAGCCAAAGAUCUGCUGGACAAGAGGAACUUGGAGGUUCGAGUGCUUGGGAAGCAGCUCAAUGAAAUGCAGGCUGGGAAACAGGAACUGGUAGCAAAGUAUGAAGGGCAGCUACAGCAAGUGAAAGAGGAGUUGUCCAGGUUGAAGCGCAGCUAUGAGAAACUUCAGCGCAAGCAGCUCAAGGAGGCGCGAGAAGGAGCUCGAAGCCGUGAGGAGGACAAGAGUGACGUUUUGCACCUGAACAGCAAGCUGGAGGAGUUCCGUCAGCGCUCAGCGGAGUGGGAGCAGCAGCGGUUGCAGUAUCAGAGGCAGAUUGCUUCAUUAGAGGCCCAGAGGAAGACCCUGGCAGACCAGUUCACUCAAAUGCAGUGUCAGGGUACAGCGCGGCUGCAGGAGCAGGGAGAGAUGCAGCGGUUGCGGGCUCAGCUGCAGCGGGCGCAAGACUCCCUACAUGCACAAGAGCUAGAGCUGGAGAGAUUACGACUGCUGCAGGAUGAACUGGGAGACUCUCGCAGAGAACAGCAGGUCAGCUGCGGUGCUGCAGCUCACGCUUCAUGCCAGGUAAUGAGUGAGGAGCGGGAGGAGCUGAGGGCUACACUAGAUGCUCAGGAUCAAUUUGUGAGGACCUCAGAGCUGCAGCAACAGCAGCUGCGCAGUGAGGUGGCUCGCCUUAACCAGGCGCUGCAGGCCAAGGAACAUGUCAUCAGAUCUCUGGAGGAGUGUCUGGCCUCUCGAAGUUCUCCAGGCCUGGUGUCUAUUAGACAGGAACUGGAGAAAGUAGUCACCAAGCUUCGCUGUUCUCAAACCUGUGAGGCACACCUGAAAGCUGAGGUCACCCGGCUCCGAGAAAAGCUCGAAAGCAUGCGGAGACAGAAAGCAGAAGCAAGUAAAAGAGAGCAGGAAUGGAGAAAGCUGGAAGAGGAGCUCGUUAACUCUGUGACUGAAGUCAAGCGGCUACGUGAGGAGCUUCAGCAGGCUGAGCAGACUCGUUGUGCUGAGGUGGAGGCAAUGAGGAAAGAGGUGUCGCAGCUUACGAGUGAACUCCACCAGCGUGACAUCACUAUUGCCACGCUUACAGGCUCCGCCUCCAGCGUAGAGCGCCAGUUGCGGGCCGAGGUAGAGCGGGCAGAGCGGCGAGCCGCAGAACUCAAGAUGACACAAGUACAGCUGGAAACACUAAAGCUGGAAAAUCAGCACCUGAAUGACCUGCUGGAGAGAGUUGAGUCACAGUCCCCAAAGAAGACAGAUGGGGAACUGGCGAGUUUGAGGGACAGCUAUGUAUCCUCUCUGAACAGUCUGGAGCAAGAGAAUCAACAGCUUAGGCAGGAUCUGGCAGAGAUUCGUGCCCGUAUGGAGGCUAGCAACCAGACCUGGCAGGACAAAUACAAGAGAGCACUGGUGCAGAGCCACAGCAAGAACGCGUACACCCAUGACAGGUGUGAAGAAGAACUGAAGGCCAUGAAGAGUCGCUUGCAGGAGAGCUCCUUGCACUAUGAGCAUCAGAUCCAGACACUCCUCAAACAGCUGAAGGAUCUGCAGUCCUCCUCCUCCCCACACCGACCCAAUGGCCAAACUCAGGGGAGCAGACCUGCCGUCUCACCAACACCCUCCUCUUCCACUUCCAGAUCCUCAUCUUCCUCAGCCAGCAAAACCCAAAAGAUAAUGGCUCUGCUGAGCAUUGCAGCUGAAGAGGAGCGAGCACAUGGCUUGGGUUCUACUGAAGACCCACUGCCUUUGGAGCAUUGUGCAGGUUCUCCAGCAGGCUCUGUGACUUCUUGUUUUGUAGAAGAAGAGACACAGCGUUCUCAGGAGCUGCUACAGCGACUGGACUUCCACAUCCAUAGCAUGAAGCAGGAGAAUGCCAAGACUAUCCGCAAGUACCUCGGCAAAGACAGCAGCCCCCACAACCCACACUGACUGCACACACACAAACGCAAGAAGUGCCUUUUAAGAUUCAGCUAAGGAUUCUAUUUGUAUUCAGUGGCUUGGAGGUGAACAUCAUUGUCAGUAAAUAAGAUUAUUGCCAAAAAAAAGAAAGAGAGAGAAGAAAUAGUCAAACUGAUCAAGACCACAUUUUGACUGCUGGAUGUUUGGUAACUUGUCACACAGCACUGCAGCUUACAAUCCCUCUGUAGCCUUUGCACUUGUGAAUGACCUGGACGUGGACCUCCGUUAUGACCUUGAAGCUCUGACCACUGAUUUACCAGGUUUCGUGUCCUGACUGUAGUCUGUCCUUUUAUUAUUUAGCACUUUAGAAUGAUGUUUUCCAUGUCUUGCUCCUUUUCUUUGUUCACUUUUUAUCCUCUCUCUCUCUGUGUGUGAGUGUUUUGAGAUAUGGGUCUAUAUUCUAAAUUGACAGAUUUAUGAAACGUUUUUUUAAAUUUCUGAUUUAGUGAAGAGACUGUUAGAGUGACUGGAUUAAAUGAGUUUGUUUUGACAGCGUGUUUAUAGGAGUGGAUGUGUUUUUGUGGAUGAUUCAUCCUCUACAUCACUGCAUGCUUUCGGGAGAAAGCGGUCUGCACAUGAACUAUUACAUGUGUUCUCAGGACCACAUCAUUGGGCAGUGCUGUAAAGCAGAAAUGUCCAACUGAUGUCAAAUACACACACCCGCACAUGCUGCUGUCUGAGUCAUUCUGAGCACCACAGGGUGUCCGAGGGGAAAAAACUGCAUUUCACAAUAACUACUGUAACUAGUAUUCAUUGUGCAGCAUGUGAGUUACUAGUGGUCCACCAGAGGAAGAACUUAGAAAUGGCUAAAUAAAAGCUUUUAUUUAUAGAA